ACCAAAAACAAAAGUUGAGGAAAUGAGCUCUUUGUUUGUAGGGAGGCCAAUAUCUAAGAGCUCUUAUAAUUUAUAUACUCUUCCAUCGUUAAUAUGUGGUGGUCGAUGUGGUCAUUUCUUCAAGAUUUCAAACUCACUGAGCAUCGAUGAUGACCGUCGUCAUAGUAUCGAAAUAAUUCAUAAUUCAGAGCUUAUACCUAAACAUGUUGCUAUAAUAAUGGAUGGGAACAGGAGAUGGGCUAAGGCUAGAGGUUUAGCAGUGCAAGAGGGUCACAAAUUUCUUACUCCUAAUCUCAAGAAUAUUUGCAACAUUUCUUCCAAACUUGGAAUACAAGUUAUCACUGCUUUUGCUUUCUCUACUGAAAACUGGAAUCGUUCCAAGGAGGAGGUUGAUUUCUUGAUGCAACUAUUUGAAGAGUUCUUUGAAGAAUUUAUGAGGCUGAGCACAAGGCUUGGGGUACGGGUGUCUGUUAUUGGAGGUAAAUCCAAACUUCCCACAAAAUUACAGGAAGGCAUAGAGUUAACAGAAGAGACCACCAAAGGCAAUGAAGGACUUCAUCUUAUGAUGGCACUAAACUAUGGAGGACAUUAUGACAUGUUACAAGCAACCAAAAACAUUGCAAGUAAAGUGAAGGAUGGUCUUAUACAAUUAGAAGAUAUUGACAACACAUUAUUUGAACAAGAACUUACUACCAACUGUGCCAAGUUCCCAAAACCUGAUUUACUCAUAAGGACUGGAGGAGAACAAAGAAUCAGUAACUUCUUAUUGUGGCAGCUAGCUUACUCUGAAUUGUAUUUUACAAAUACUCUUUUUCCUGAUUUUGGAGAAAAAGCUCUCAUGGAGGCCAUAUUUUCCUUUCAACGAAGACAUAGACGUUUUGGUGGACACACAUAUUGAAACAUUUUGUGUGUUUCAUGAACCUAUCAGCCAAAUAAAUACUGCUAGUUGAAUGUGGUAUUAGCCAAUUCAUGUAGUCGGUGGAUUUGAGUAGAUGAUAUCAUAUGUUGUUUGGUGUAUUUAGAUGAUCACACCUUCUUGUUGUUUUUGUUAAAGUU